UACUACUCGGGCACUUUUGAUUAUUGCUUCUUUGUGGAUUUGUUCAUUUGUCGUAUCUUUUGUGCCACUCUUUUUAGAGUGGCAUGAACUUUCAAUGGAAGAAAUCAAAACCAUUUUCAAGGAUCUUAUUUCUGACAAGGUGAAGAACUCAGACGCGCACACUUUUUCUUUUGCGCUUGAACAAACGCUGGGAGAUAACCGGACAUCAAACCCAAAACCUGAGUGUCUUUUUGACGUACACUUUAUUUAUUCGGUCAUUUAUUCUUUGUUUUGUUUCUACAUCCCGUGCCCUUUAAUGCUGCGAAAUUACUUACGCCUGUUCUUAAUUGCUAAAAAACAUCACGUCCGGAUCAAGAAUCUCCAUCGCUUACACCAGAACCAGGGAACACAAGGCAGUAAAGCAGCCCGGACUCUCACGAUCAUCACAGGAACUUUCCUGGCGUGCUGGUUGCCUUUCUUUAUCAUCAACCCAAUUGCUGCAGCAGAUGAACACCUCAUCCCACUGGAAUGCUUCAUGGUGACCAUUUGGCUCCGCUAUUUCAACUCAUGUGUCAAUCCUAUCAUUUAUGGGACGUCCAACUCCAAAUUCCGAGCAGCUUUCCAACGCCUUUUGCGCUGUCGUUCUGUAAAGUCAACAGUUAGCAGCAUCUCCCCUGCCGCCUCAGUUUAUAAGGCGUUUUCGUGGAUACGACCCAGCCUCUUAGACGGGCCUCCAAGUGCUGUCUGUGAUACAGGACAAGAUGAAAACAGAAAGGGAGGUGGUUGCGUCACAACUAUUCCUACAGAGUCCCAUGUCAUUAUCAGCGAAGAAGAAAUACGUGCUAACGUUAUGCUGUCAGAAAGCGACACGGUAUUUUCCUGAAGAAGCUAUUUCUUUGGAAGUUGGCCCAGCCAAUGAAUCGGUAGACUGGAGAAAAAUAUUUUUUAUUAAAAAGGGUGACAGUGGGCACAAUUUCACCCAAUUCAGGGAACACGAAACAGCGCAUGAUGUUGAUAAAUUUGUACGAAAUAUCCGGUAGAUGGGAAGAACCAUAACUGUUGGGUGACACACAAUGUCGGGGUCUUCUUUGAUUCCCACACCCCACGUUAAACAGGUUUUAAACGCAUCGAUUACAGUUUUCAGAGUGUCGCCGACUAUCGAUUAAAAUUAAGCACGGGAUAAACCCUCUCCUCCUUUUUCCACACACAAAAAACCCAAAACAAAACAAAAACAAAACCCCCUAAAACAACCCU